AUGGCUCUACAUUAAAAUAUCUAAAAAAACAAGAAGAUCAAUAAAAGAUUUGAAAGUGAUCAUAAUUCUACCCAAAUCUUCUCCUAAAAAAACAGCAGCAAAAAUCAAAAAAUUUAUUUUGAAGAAGAGAAAUGGUAUAGUGCUACUCAGAGAGAUGAAGAAGAAGAUUUGUUAUAAUCUUUUCUUAAAUAAAGAUCAAGAGAGUUAGGUAAUGAAUCAGUAUUAAAUGACUAUAAAACUUUUAAGAAUAUCCAAAGUAUGAUUUAAAAUUACGCUUCAAGUCUUUUAAAUGGAUUAAACACUGAUACUACUCUUUCAAAUAUUGAUGGAAAUUUAACUUCUGAUGAUUUAGAAAGAUAACCUCAAUCUGAGCCAAAUUUCAAAAAGAAAAAUAAGACAAAUUAUAUAAUGAAAAUUCAAGAUUUUCCUACGAUAGCUAUAAAUCCAGAGAAUAAAAUUCAAGAAAAACUUUCCCGGAAAGAAUACUACAUUGGAAGAGAUCAUUGGAAAAUUUUGGAAAUUGAACAAGAACUUAAAGAUAAACUUGAGAAGUUAAAAAAUAUGUUGAUUGCUGAAUAGCAAAUAAACAAAUCAGAAUAGCUCUAGUUAAUUAAUAAGAAAAAUCUUGAAUAUUGGGAAAAAAUGGCAGGUGUUAAUCUUGAGUACCGUUUAAUCAAUAAAAUAGUCUAAAAACCUAUAUAAAAGCAAGUAAAGGUUAAAAUACCACAAAAUCCUUUACCUUAAUAAGCAACCAAAUCACAUAGAUGGGUGUACUAGGUAUUCAAAGAUGAUCCGAACUAUGGUGCCCGUAUGAAUAAAAAUGAUAACUUCAUAGCUUAUGAUUAAAAUAAAAGUGAUUCAAUUGAAUCAUUUUUUUAAAAGACCAUCUUAUCAGACAAUGAAUCUAAAGUAACUGAGAUCCUUGACUUGAAUCUUUUUGAGUAUGCAAAUCUUUAAAUUUUAAAAGCUGAACUUUAAAGAAAAUUCGAUUCUUCUAUUGGAGCAGAGAAUUAUUCUUUUGAAAAUAAUAAAUUGAUAAGAUUUUAUGGACCUAAAUCAUUUUAAAAUAGAAACUAUGCCUUUGAAUUGCUCAAUGAUAUCAAUUACAUAAAAUUUCCUAGUUACUGGGAUGAAUAAAUAAGAACUCUGAGAAUUGAUUUGAUAACAUUUCUGCUAGAUUUUUAGUCAAAGGAAUUCAAAGAUAUCAGUGCUAUGUUCACUUUUUAUGGGUAUAGGGUUUUAAAAAUAAAAAGAAUUUAAUGCAUGAGACUUUGGAAUCUCUUUUAACAAGAAAUAUUAUCCAUCAAGUAGAAAAAUAAUGAAUAUCCAGCUAUAGAGGAAUUAUUCCAUGGCACGAAAAAUAACAAACCAAGCAAAGUUUACAAAAAUUGGGAUUCACUAGAUGUCAGAUAUAGCAAAAAAGGUUUGUGGGGUCAAGCUCUAUAUUUCACUGAUAGUCUAAGUUAUAUUACAAAAAAUGGUUUUGCUUAUACAAGUAGAAAAUAAAGUUAAUAAAGCAUGGCUAAUCCAAAGAAAAAAGUUCUAAUGGGUAAAGUCAUUGUUGGUUUGAAUAAAUAUCUACCUCAAAAUUAAGAUUUAAGAUAUCCUCCCUUCUUAGAAGGAGAGGAGAAUAAAAGAUAUGAUAGUGUAUCAGGAGAUACUGAAACUAAUUUGAUGGAUCUUCAGUAUAAUAGCCUGGGAGGAAUGAUUUUAUUGGGGCAAAUUAAUGGAGUUGAUGGAAUUAUAUACAACUACCUUACAUUAAUAGACUAAUAAGGAUUUGAGGAGUCUACUUUUACUUUACCCGUGAAUUAAAUGUUUAAUGAUACAUCAAUUUAAAAAAUCAUACCAAGUCGGCUAAUAAUAUCAGCUGAAGAUAAAAUUUAUACAUUAUACCAGGCCUAUCUACCUCAGCAUAACGCACCAUUAAUGAUAAUUAAUAUGAAUUCUGAUACAAAAGUUGUGACUUAAGUUUUAACUCCGAGUACAUUAAUUUCUUAUGACAAAAUUUAAAUGGUCAAAUACUUUGAAGAGAACCUUUUCGCACAAAUAUCUUAAGGUGAUAAGUUAUAUGCGGUCAUUAAGUACAAAACAAAUGUCACAACUCAUAAAUUAGAUCAUAUCUGGUUUAAAACACUUGAUAUUCCUAAUAACAAAGCUUUCAAAUAUGAAGGUGACUUAUUUAUUAAAGCAAAUCUAUCAGCAUAACGGAUUUACACAUUUGGGAGUUAUGAUGGUUUAUUUUCAGUCAUGAGAAUAUCUAUGGUUGAUGAAACAAAUGACUAAUUUCUUUUAGCAGAUCUAUUUUAGCUUGAAGAUCAACACAACAUUCUUGGCCCAGCUGGUAAAAAUAAAGCGGAUCCAAUGGCAGUAGGAGUAUACAGCUCAGCUUCCACAAAGAUGUACAUUUGCACUACUUUGAAUGAUGAUCCUGACAAUUUUAUAAGGAUAGGGCUCUUUGACAAAAAUAUCUUCAAAGGAGUGUUUUUUAAGCUUGAUUAAGCAGAAAUUGAUUAUCAAUGCCUAGACAUAGUAAUGCAUGGAUCCACAACUUAAGAAGAUAUUGUAUCUGUUCUCUAUAAGGAUAAUAGCAAAGUGACGCUCUAAAGAAUUAAAUUUGAUAAUUUGAUUGAUUACGAAAUAGAUGCUCCUGAGCCGGCAGAUGAUAUUAAAAAGGUACAAAGUGAUAUAUUUAAAAUGAAGAAUAUGAGAGAUGGAGUUAAUUACAAAUUUGAUAAUGUUAGAGGAAGGUUUAAUCAAGAAACAGUAGACGUUUAUAAAAUUUUUGGCUACACGCAAUAAAACAUUAAUUGUGUAUUCGGUCACAAUAACUAUGGGUGA